AGGAAGAUGGCGGCGCCCAGCAGCCGGUGAGGGCAGAAGACACCGGGACCCUGGGGGGCGGCCGAACGCGUCCGUUAUGGCCGCAUCCCCGCAUGCUCUGUCCUCACGCCUCCUGACAGGUUGCAUGGGAGGAUGUGUUUGGUAUCUAGAAAGAAGAGCUCUCCAAGCACCCCCUGGCAAGUUUAUGCGUCUCUUUAGGAAUGUCCAUCAGCAGUGGAUUACAUUUCAGCACUUCAGCUUCCUCAAACGCAUGUAUGUCACACAACUGAACAGGAGCCUCAACCAGCAAGUAAAACCAAAGCCGGAGCCAGAGGCCUCUUCUUUCCUUGAAAAAACAUCUUUAGGCCAAGACAAUGCAGCAAUAUAUGAGACAAGACCCCUCUCACCCCCUAGCCUGUCUUUGUCCAGAAAGCCAAAGGAAAAGGAACUGCUGGAACUAGAGCCCGAUUCGAUCUCCGAAGGGGCACUGAAUGUGGGAAAAGACGCAAAAGAAGAAAAGCAGUGGAAGGAGAUGAAGCUGCACAUGGAUGAUCUGCCAGGGAUUUUGGCCCGACUCUCCAAGAUCAAACUCACAGCUCUAGUUGUAAGCACCACCUCAGCUGGCUUUGCGUUGGCUCCGGGACCUUUCGACUGGCCCUGCUUCCUGCUCACUUCUCUCGGAACAGGCCUUGCCUCCUGCGCUGCCAACUCCAUCAACCAGUUUUUCGAGGUGCCAUUUGACUCAAACAUGAAUCGGACGAAGAACAGGCCCCUGGUCCGGGGACAGAUCAGCCCCCUGCUCGCCGUGGCCUUUGCCACUUGCUGUGCCGUCCCAGGCAUCGCCCUUCUGACCUGGGGGGUGAAUCCCCUCACAGGAGCCCUGGGGGUCUUCAACAUCUUCCUGUACACCUGCUGCUACACACCGCUGAAGAGAAUCAGCAUCGCCAACACGUGGGUCGGGGCCGUGGUCGGGGCCAUCCCCCCUGUCAUGGGCUGGACCGCAGCGACCGGCAGCCUGGAUGCUGGAGCCUUUCUGCUCGGAGGGAUCCUGUACUCCUGGCAGUUCCCGCAUUUCAACGCCCUGAGCUGGGGCCUCCGCGAAGACUACUCCCGGGGCGGCUACUGCAUGAUGUCCGUCACCCACCCGGGGCUGUGCAGGCGCGUGGCGCUGCGCCACUGCCUGGCCCUCAUCGCGCUCUCCACCGCGGCCCCCGUGCUGGACGUCACCACGUGGACCUUCCCCGUCAUCUCGCUGCCCAUCAACCUGUACAUCUCCUACCUCGGCUUCCGCUUCUACGCGGACGCGGACCGCAGGAGCUCGCGCAAACUCUUCUUCUGCAGCCUGUGGCACCUGCCGCUGCUCCUGCUGCUGCUGCUCACCUGCAAGCGGCGGCCGGCGGGCCCCGCGGACCCCGGCCAGCUCCCCAGCUGAGAGCGCCGCUGGGCGGGCAGGGGCGGACGGAGAAACAGCAAACCCCGACGCGCAGACGCACAAUUCUCCCUUUGCUGUGAGGCCUGAGUAGCUGGGUCAUCCCGGAGCCGCCCGAGAGGAGAAAUGGCUGGAUUUAGUACAAUGUGUUAAAACUGGUGCUCGGCGGUCACUUGACAGCUUUUUUUUUUUUUUUUUAAUGAUAGUACCCAAACUACCGAACUACAGGUAGGCUCCCACAGUACAAAGAAUAUUUUUUUUUUCUCUUGGCUGGUCUGUAUACAUCUCUUCUUGCCAGCCAAUGGCACGCCCCAUGUUUUUUCUUUUUCACAGGAAUGUACACACGUGCCUCUUCUUUUCUGGCUCAACAUACACAUGCAUCUGUAUUACACAUGCAUGUACAUGUAGGCAUAUACACACAUCCAUAUACGCACAUACACACAUACAUGUGCUGCAUAUAAUGUAUGUGUGUGCACUCCCCACCUUCCAGCCAUGGGUGAGCACCUGGAGCCUGGCGCCUGCAGCUCUGUGUCCUCAGGGCACCCCCAGGUCCUCCGAAGAAGCAGCAACCCCCUGUGAAUGAGCCAGGGCCCGUCCCAGCUUUCUCUGCUCCACACACAUCCCAAGCACACGUCCCACCAAUAACAGGACACCAAAGGUGGGCCGCUGUGCACCACAGCAGUAGGGGGCCUCCAAACGGUUGCCUAGGGCCUUGCAGACUGGACUGCCAGUCCCUGCGCCCCUCCUGCACCCCCCUGACAUAUCAAUGGUUCAGAAACUCCAAGGAAUCGAAAGUACCUUCAUAGCUCACUUUGAAAUGGAGGCUCUGUCUGAGCAUUUCUCCCCGGAACAGUGGCAUGAGCCAUCCGCCCCUGAUCCCAUGACCACACGCGCUGGCCGGGCUCUGGCUGCCCUGCCCUCUCCAGGCUUCGCCAAAAGAGAAGUCAGAAUCAAGCGUGAGCCGGGCUAGCCAGCCCACAGAACUCCCAUACUGUCCCUUUUGUGAAAAAUACGCUUCCACCUGGUGUCUGCCGGGUUCGGAAGUCAGCAUCCACAGGGCCACGGCUUUAAGAGCCACAAGCAGGGGCUGGGCUCCCCCUGGGGAUGGCUCGGGUCCUGGGAGCGUUGUGAGUCACUGUGUGCACUUGUGGGUCUUCAGCCCUUCCCAAACCCACCCCCACCCAGGUCCCUAUAGAGUCCCAUGAGCCUGGCGGGCUUGAAGCGCCGCACGACGCCUGUGUGUUGUCUAGGGGACGGCAGCCCUGCAGGGGACUCUUGAGGGAUUUCAGCAACAUUUUUAUUCCACAUUGACAGAUCGUAGGAUUUUUUUUUUUUUUAAUCCAAUGUGAAAUUUAAAGAACUCACUGUCUGCACCGUGCCUGCUCUCAGAAAUGCCUAGGGCGCUGGCGGCAGCAUCCAAUGCCUGCAACUGCUUCUCUGAAAUAGUCCCUCGUGGCUGCGUCCAGGCCAUGUGCUGUGGGGAACACGGCGCAGGAGUGUCUGGAGAGGGCGUUGCGACAGCUUGCCACAGCUCUCAGGUCGGGAAACUGUUGAUUCUCUUCCGCUUCUGCAGUAGAACUGCAGGAAAACAGGAGCGUUCGAGGCCACACGGGUUGCUCAUCCUGGGCUCAGUUCGCACACUUCAGCAGGACUGCUGACACUGGACGUCGAGAGCCAGCAGGGCACAGCACGUGCCUAUUUAUUUUUUCGUCCCCUUAAUUUUUAUUUUUUUAAUUGUCAAUUUGAAAAAUGACAGUUGUAUGUAUUUAUGGGAUCCAAAGUGAUGCUAUGAUGUAUGAAUACAAUUCAUAACUAAAUAA